UUUAGAAGUGACCUUUACCAUGUCGAUUUAUAAAUGCACCUGCAAAACUGAACCCUAAGUAGUCAUGUCCCUCCUCCGCCGCAUUGUCCGAAAUUCGACGGUAUCAAAGGCUGUCCUGGUUGCGAAGGCGUUCAAGCCUUACCCACUCGGAAGAGAUCCUUCCUCACUCCCAAAGCUUGAUACGGUCUCCAUCAGGGAUAUCGAUGACCGCCCAAUUUCUCUGCGCUACAGAGUCACGGCGAUGAUCGAGAUGUCUAUUCUCGACGAAGCCUCGAAGCUCUCGCGCCUCGCUGUCUUGGACAAAUUUCGAGUCGACGGAGACACCGUAUUCAUCUGCAAUUCCGUAAUCGGCGCCAUGUGCAGCGCCAAACGUUACGACGAUGCCAUCUCUCUGUUCAAUUACUUUUUCAACGAGUCUCAAACUCUCCCAAACGUGCUCUCCUGCAAUCUCAUCAUGAAAGCACACUGCGACCAAGGUCACGUCGACGACGCUCUUGAGCUCUACCGCCACAUUUUGCUCGACGGACGUUUAGUUCCAGGCAUCGAGACAUACAUGAUACUCACCAAAGCCUUGGUUGACGCCAAAAGAUUCGAUGAAGCUUGUGAUUUAGCGGGAUCCAUGAGCUGUUGUAGUUUCAUGGUCUACGACAUUCUGAUUCGCGGGUUCUUGGAUAUAGGGAAUUUCGUAAAGGCUAGCCAAAUCUUCAAGGAAUUGGAAGGACUGGAUAGGAAAUUUCCAUGGAGAGAGUAUCACAAGGCAAUUGCAAUUUUUAAUGUUUCCUUUGUGAACUAUUUUUUCAAGCAAGGUAAAGAUGAGGAAGCUAUGGAGAUUCUCGCAACUCUGGAAGAUGCUCAAGUGCUGAAACCCAUUGUCGGAAACAGGGUUUUAAAAGUUCUUGUGGAGCACGGCAAGAAAACAGAGGCCUGGGAAUUGUUUGAAGAGAUGAUAAAAAUCUGUGAUUCCGAGACGAUUGACAUAAUGUCCGAGUAUUUUAUUGAAAAUACUGUACCAUUCGAGCGGCUCAGGACAACGUGUUAUAGGACGAUGAUCGCAAGUCUCUGCAAGCAUGGAAGAGUGUUGGAGGCCGAGAAAUACUUCGCAGAGAUGUUUACCGACGCUGAGAUAUUUACCGACGUUGAUGGAGAGGACUUGUUGGUGGGGCCUGACCUUUCAACAUUCAGAGCAAUGAUCAAUGGAUAUGUUAAGGUAGGGGCAGUCAAUGAUGCUAUCAAGACUUUGAACAAGUUGCGGAUUUCAAAUAUUAGAAAGCUUGCUAUUCAUCGAGCCCCAUAAGUUGCAUUUGUGCUUCUUUCUAUAGUCUAUCAACUCAUAUUAUCAUGUACUGAUUUUUAGU